CACCGGACGGCGAAGGGGCGGCUGCGCGUUGCGGAUGCCCAGUGCUGGCUCGAUGGCGCCGGCGCAGCGCUGCCCUCUUUGCCGCCAGACCUUCUUCUGCGGUCGCGGGCACGUCUACAGUCGCAAGCACCAGCGGCAGCUGAAGGUGGCUUUGGAGCGGCUUCUGCCUCAGGUGGAGGCAGCCCGCAGGGCCGUCCGCGCGGCUCAGGUGGAGCGUUAUGUGCCCGAGCACGAGCGGUGCUGCUGGUGCUUGUGCUGCGGCUGUGAGGUGAGGAAACACUUGAGCCACGGAAACCUGACCGUGCUGCACGGGGGGCUGCUGGAGCAUCUGGCCAGUCCAGAGCACAAGAAAGCAACCAACAGAUUCUGGUGGGAGAACAAGGCUGAGUUCCAGAUGAAAGAGAAGUUUUUGAUUUCCCCGCAGGAUUAUGCUCGAUUCAAGAAGUCCAUGGUGAAAAGUCUGGAUUCCUAUGAGGAGAAAGAGGAUGAAGUGAUUAAAAAGAUGGCAGCUCAGAUCCGUGAGAUGGAGCACAGCCGGCAGGAGGUGGUUCGGUCUGUCUUAGAGCCUCAGACAGUGCCAUACCCAGAAGAGGGCUCUUCGGCACCUGGAAGCCAGAAAGGGACAAACAGCCAAGUAGCCUCCGCCUCACAGCAGCCCUCAAACUUGGACCUGCCACCAGCCCCAGAGCUUGACUGGAUGGAGACAGGACAACCUCUGACGUUCAUUGGCCAUCAGGAUACACCAGGAAUUGGUAACAUCCACUCAGGUGCCACACCUCCUUGGAUGGUCCAAGAUGACUGUAGCUCUGGGAACCAACAAAUAGGACCCUCCUAUGAAGAGUUUCUUAAAGAAAAGGAAAAACAGAAAUUGAAGAAACUCCCACCAGACAGAGUCGGGGCCAACUUUGAUCACAGCUCCAGUACCAGUGCAGGCUGGCUGCCCUCUUUUGGCCGGGUCUGGAAUAAUGGACGCCGCUGGCAAUCCAGGCAUCAAUUCAAAACUGAAGCCGCAGCAAGAAAAAAACAGCAGUCAAAUAAAGAAAAAAAUUAAUGGUUUCCUGAUACAUUUCCAACCACCACAAGGUGCAAAGCCAAGUCAACAAACCCAUACCCAUCCUUUGUAACUGCCUUUCUUAGGAAACAGACAUAUCCACUUAUUUGAUUUAAUAAAGUUUUAUUUUUCAAAAUG